CAUACAAAUGCUAUGCUGUGAACGAAUAUGGCAAAGCUGUCUGCACAGCAAUAUUAAAUGUGACUGAGGCUUUGACAAAUCCAUCAGAUUUCAGAAAAUUGCUGCGGAAAAGUAAAGUAGAGGAAAACCAGACAAAACAAGCAGAUGGGGAAACUGACGAAAGAUUCUGGGACGCGAUGCUGAAUGCUGACAGGAAAGAUUACGAGCGCAUCUGUACUGAGUUUGGUAUUGCAGACUUACAUUUGAUUCUCAAGAAACUGGAAGAGAAGAAGAAGGAGAGAGUGCAAAAUAAGUGUAAGGAUGGUGUGAUUCCCUCUGAUGAAGAUGCAACAGAGAAACACAGCCUUAAGAGUGCUGGGAGAACGAAGGAUUCUAGUACCAAGGGCCUGAUGCAAAAGGACACAGGGCUCCAUCAGGUGGAUGAAGAGGUCAACCUCCUCUUUACAGAGUUUAAACUUUCCAAUGUGGACUUUGUUAUCAAAAUUCAGGAGGUUAAAGCUCAAGAAAGAGAGGAUGCCCUCUUUGAGUGUGUCCUGACACACCCACUACCCAGGAUCACAUGGAUGGGCAAGGGCAGCAUCCUGGAGGAUGGAGAGAAAUACAGCAUAACCGUGUCCAACCACAAACUGAUCCAUAGGCUGCUGAUCAAUGACUGCAAGCAGCUGGACAAAGGCAUUUAUUCAGCUGUGGCUGGCAUUACAUCCUGCAGUGCAUGGCUGGUUGUGGAAGCUGAGAGUGACCGUGCAUCUGCUGGUAAGAAGAUAGCUCGUAAAACUACCUUAGCUGGUGGAGCACGGACCGACCUUGAGAAAGUUGCCAAAGAGCAACAAAUAAAAAUCCGAGAGGAGAUGGAGAAGAUUUUGGCAGCCGUAAAAUCAAAACAUGAUGAACGACUAGAUGGUGAAAUAAAUGCAGUCACUGGACCAGGUAAAAACAGCGGAGCAGUAAAGGACAAGCCUCCUGCUGCAAAAGCCAGUACCCUGUCUGAGCCAACAGGGAGCAAAGGAAAAGCAAAGAGCAAAAACGCAAGAGGAGAUGGCACAGUACCAAAAUUAGAUGUUUCAGGGUGUGUAACAAAAGAAGUGCCACUUGUAGGAAAUGACCCCAAUAACAAGAAACACAACAGAUCUGGUCAAGCGGAUUUUGACAAGGUAACAGAUACAAAUGAAGGAGGAAAUUCUGAAGAGAAUGACGACUUCACUGGAUCUGCCAAUAAUUCAAGACACAUAAAACAUGGUCGAGAAACAAAACAUACAGAAAUUGAAUCCAGCGGCACAAAUGUUGAUGCAGAGUUAAACCAGAUUCCAAUAUUUGCCACAAGUCAAAAUGAAGUGACUGACUCUGAUGGAAAUAAAGACUCUACCGGGUCUGUCAGAUGCCCAAGGCACACAAGGAAGGUCCAGGGGAAACAGCAUACAUCUGAAUCCAGUGGCACAAAUGUUGAUGCAGAGUUAAACCAGAUUCCAAUAUUUGCCACAAGUCAAAAUGAAGUGACUGACUCUGAUGGAAAUAAAGACUCUACCGGGUCUGUCAGAUGCCCAAGGCACACAAGGAAGGUCCAGGGGAAACAGCAUACAUCUGAUCCAAAUGAACUUGCAAGGGACAAUGAAGGAAGUGACAGUGAUAAGAAUGAGGAUUCUACCGGCCAGGUCAAGAAUUCAAGUUGUUCAAAGCAAAGCCAACAGCCACAGAAAGCAGUGAAUGGUGAAAGUGCAGGUCCUAAAGACCACAAUCAUUGUGACGAGACUAAAGCUGCAACUGGCUCUGGCACACAUUCAAGGCGUAAAAGACAAGGCCCGCUGAUAGAAGAUAUGGUGAUUGAUCCAGGAGUUCAGUUCGUAUGUGGUUUGUCUGACGUCAGUGCUAUCAUCAAUGAGACUGCUGAGUUAUCAUGUAAGCUCAGCAGUGAAGACUGUGAGGGAGCCUGGUUCAGAGAUGGCAAAAAGAUAUCGCCAGAUGACAAUUUCACUCUCACUAAAGAUGGUGCAAUCCAUAAAUUAGUCAUAAUCCGGUGCAAGGAAGAGCACUCUGGGAAGUACCGUUUUGAGGCAGACGGCCGUAAAACAGAGGCAUUGAUCAACAUCAAAGAUCCACCAAGGUUUGACCCUGAAAACCUCAGUGCGUUCACUGAGCCUGUGACAGUUAAAGUGGGGCACAACGCCAUCUUCAAACUGCAUUUUGUUGGCCAUGAACCCAUAAAGAUUCAGUGGUACAAAGAGGGAGAGGAGCUCCAAGAUGACAAUAAUACAAAGAUAGAGAAAUCUGCAAGUCACAGCCGCUUGCUCCUGAGCAGGUGCCAGAGGAAGGACACGGGAGAGAUCAAGAUCAAGCUCAAGAACGAACACGGCUUCAUUGAGGCAAUUUCACAGCUUAUUGUGCUUGCUUUUCCUGGCCCUCCAGGACCUCCAAAGGUGGUAAGCGCCUGUGACGACUGCAUCAACAUUUCCUGGACUUCACCAAGUAAUCGAGGAGGUUCGCGUAUCCUGGGCUAUAUUUUGGAGAAACGCAAGAACGGGAGUAAUCUCUGGACCGUUGUCAAUGCCAUGGAUGAGCUAAUAAAAGAGAAGAAAUAUGCAGUGAAAGAUGUUGUGGCAGGUUUGGAAUAUGAAUUCAGAGUUACUGCCAUAAACCUCUCAGGAGCUGGUGAAUUCAGCAGCCCAUCAGAGUUUGUAUUUGCACGGGAUCCCAAGAAGCCUCCUGGUAAAGUUACAAGCCUGAAGGUGACAGAAACUUCUUACACCCACUUGGUCCUGACUUGGACCAAACCCAAGGAGAAACCAGGGAUACAGGAUGAAGCAAAGGGGUAUUUUGUUGAGAUCCGGCAGGCAGAGUGCAUUGAAUGGUCCCGCUGUAAUACCACCCCCAUCAUCACGACUACCUUCAGUGUGAAAGGCCUUAAGUCCAUGGACAUGUACUGGGUGAGAGUGAUUGCAACUAAUGAUGGAGGAGAGAGUGCUCCCGAGGAGCUGGCCAACUAUAUCCUUGCAAUGCCCUCACCUGUGAGGCCAAAGUUCACAAACCACAAGAUGAAAAGUUUCAUGGUGGUGAGGGCAGGAAACUCUGUCAGGAUCACAGUGAACUUUGAGGCCUCCCCAUGGCCAGAUAUUAUGUGGCUAAAGGACAAUGUGCCAGUGACAAAACGAGUCACAAUCAGUAACUCUGAUGGCUCAUCCCAGCUGCUGAUCCCCUCCUCUGAGCGCUCUGAUUCUGGCAUCUACUCCAUUAUAGUAAAAAAUCUUGCAGGACAGGAGACAUUCAGUACAGAGAUCCGGGUCACAGAUGAUCCAAAGCCUCCUGGACCGGUAGAACUGGAGGAAAACGUGCCUGGCACAGUGACAGUGAUCUGGGAGCCUUCUCCUGAUGAAAAGCGUGAUGACCGCCUCCACUACACAGUGUCCAAACUGGACUCCAAACGCACAUGGACCACAGUCGCUGAAAGACUCUUCAAUAACAAGUUCACAGUCUGCAAUAUCAUGCACGGGAGGGAAUAUAAUUUCCGGGUCUAUGCCAAAAACGACAUUGGCAUAUCUGCACCCUCAGAGUCACCAACCUGGGGGAUGGAGAAGAAGAAAGAAAAGUUUGUGGUGAGCGUACCGACCAGAAAGGACUGUGAUUUGCGAUGUGCUCCAACCUUCAUUGUACCUUUAAAGCUUCACACUGCACCCAAAGGUUAUGAAUGCUAUAUGAGCUGUGCAGUGAAAGGAAAUCCCAAACCUCGUGUCACGUGGUAUCGAAAUCACAUCAGCCUAAACAUUAAUACCAACUAUUACAUCUCCGACACCUGUGGAGUCUGCUCCAUGUUAAUUCUCCAUGUAGGCCCCAAAGACAUGGGAGAGUAUACCAUCACUGCAGAGAACGCCCUCGGACGGGCUGAAUGCUCCACCAUCCUCAGCGUCAGAGAAUGAAGAAACUAAAGGCACCACAAUAUGAGCAGUAUUUAUUUUAAGUUAGGUUUAGAUAUGAUGUUAAUACAUGCUGUUUGAAUUGAAGUGGUUGUGUUGCUUGGAUGUAAUGUACCAGUUGUGAUAAGAAAAAGAUGUGGUAUUGUAUUUAUUAGACUGCUGCUGAGCUUAAAAUAAAAUCAUUUCUCAAAUAAAACAUUGUAUUCCUGAUUUGAAAAUUGUUUAAUCAUUAUUUUUCUGUCUAGACACUGAAACCAAAGCAGCUAAAGGGAAUUCAGCCAUCAUUAAUGUUAUUAUUUAAACCU